CGGGAACGCGCAGCUCGUAUUGGCGCCUCCUGUAUUGAAUUGAGAGGCUAGAUUGUCGAGAGCGCGCAGGCACGUUUGACAGCGCACAGCGCGGCUUUUAAUGGCAUUCAGAACCUGGAGAUAACACGCAUGUAGGAAUGCAGCGAGCUCGCCUUGUCUUCAAACAGGGAUGGCCAAACACUUACUGGAAAUGUAGCUUUCGCCGUGUGUUACUGCCAGUGCCAACAGAUGAUCUCUAAAUGAAAUAAUUCUUGAUAUCGGACCUCACUGAAACAUGCAUCUCUUUCGGAGUUACAAUUACAAAGUCUAUCCUGAUCGCGGUUCCAAUGAGAAAACACCUAAAAUACGGGGAAUCAGCUGGACACCUCUGCCAGAAGCUGUGGACACACAAGACACCAUCAAACAGUUUUUGUCUGAUCGAAUCCUGAAAGCCGCCAGGGUGGUGUACAGCACGCUGAUGGAGCAUAACCCAGGCCUGAUAAGGGACAGAAAACACCAUCUUAAGACCUAUAGGCAGUGCUGCAGUGGAAAGGAGCUUGUUGAUUGGCUGAUGAAACUGAAUGACUGUUUUCAGUCCCGGAGUCAGGCAGUCGGGAUGUGGCAGGUUUUGGUGGAUGAGGGCAUUCUGGGUCACGUGAAACAGGAGUUAAACUUCCAUGACAAAGACACACAGUUUUACCGCUUUAUGGAGGCAGAAUUUGACCUUAAUCACACAACCAAUGAGAAAGACUCCAAAGAAGAUGAGCUCCAAGAGAGUUUAUCGCUGCUUAUCCAGAUGGGCCCAGAUGCUUUUCUGACUAUGAUACUGCGAAAAUGUCCAAACCAGCGGACUUCAGAGGAUCUUGAAGUUAUUUACGAAGAGCUUCUGCAUGUCAAGGCUGUGGCCCACUUGUCUACAUCUGUUCGGAAGGAAUUGGCUACAGUGCUGGUUUUUGAAAGCCAUGCCAAGGCGGGAACAGUCUUGUUCAGUCAAGGGGACAAAGGGACUUCAUGGUAUAUCAUCUGGAGGGGUUCUGUUAAUGUCAUCACACACGGCAAGGGCUUGGUGACCACGCUUCAUGAAGGAGAUGACUUUGGGCAGCUGGCCCUAGUGAAUGACGCCCCUCGAGCGGCCACAAUCAUCCUAAGAGAGGACAACUGCCAUUUCCUGCGGGUGGACAAGCAGGACUUCAUACAUAUCCUUAAGGAUGUGGAGGCCAACACCGUCCGUUUGGAGGAACAUGGUAAAGUCGUUCUGGUUCUUGAGAAGAGUUCAGCACAGGAGUCCAGCUAUCAGGGAGGAUCAGCAAGCAGCAACAAGUAUACAGUAAUGUCAGGAACACCAGAGAAGAUACUAGAACACAUGCUGGAGACAAUUAAAUUGGAAACCAAUGGCACUGAUUUUGUAGAUCCCAGUGUGAGUGACUUCCUCCUAACACAUCCUGUCUUCAUGCCCUACAGUCAGUUCUGUGUGGCCCUCCAGCAUCAUUAUCUAGCGGAGCCAUCAGAAGGCUCAGACCUGGAGAAGGUAGCGUAUGCUCUCAACACCAAACAGAAGAUUGUGAAGCUGGUGGGUCAUUGGGUGGCUCUGUAUGGUCUGCUACUGAGGGACGACCCUGUGGCCUCAGAAUUCCUGGAGAAAUUCAGGGAGGGGGUGAUGGCUGAUUCAAGGCUAUCCAGCAUGCUCAGAGAACAGCUGAGGGACAAGAGAAAGACCAAAAUAACUGAGAAUGGAUGCCACACUCUGGUGAAGUUGAACCAAAAAUUUGAUUGGUUUUCCGCUCACGAAGAGCCUGUGGGGAAAUUGCGAUCAAUCAGAGCUCAAGACAAAGUCUUGUAUGAGAUCUUUAAACCGGACCAUAAGGCUGUAACUGUAAUGCUGCCAGUCGAUGCCUCAGUGAAGGACAUCUUGUCUACAUUAGUGGACCCCGAGAGAAACUAUGUGCUUAUCAAGAUAAAUUCCUCAGGAGACAAGGUCCAGCUCAAGUUGGAAGCCACAGCGGUGUCUGCCUCUUUAAGAGUAAACGAGAGGCUUUUCCUCUGUUCUGCCAGUCAAGUGGAACAACUGACCCCCCUGAAAGAGCAGCUCGGCCCAGAGAAGAACACCAUGGACACUCUGGAGCAGAUGGGCUCCAAAGACAUCGCCAGCCAGCUGACCAGCUACGACUGGGAGCUCUUCACGGCCAUGCAUGAGGUGGAGCUAGUCUACUAUGUUUUCGGACGGGAAAAAUUCCCAGGUGCCACCACAGCUAACCUUGAGCGCUUUGUCCGUCGCUUCAACAAGGUGCAGUACUGGGUGGUCACUGAACUGUGUCUGUGUGAAGACCUGGUCAAGCGAGCCAUACUACUGAAGAAAUUCAUCAAGAUUGCCAUUGUUUUGAAAGAGCAGAAGAACUUGAACUCGUUUUUCGCUGUGAUGUUCGGGCUCAGUAACACUGCCGUUCAGAGACUUAAUAAAACAUGGGAGAGGCUUCCAAACAAAACCAAAAGGAUCUACUGUGCAUAUGAAAGAUUAAUGGAUCCAUCCCGUAAUCACAGAGCCUACAGGCUGACUGUAGCCAAACUCAGCCCUCCGUAUAUUCCCUUCAUGCCUCUACUACUUAAAGAUAUGACAUUUAUCCAUGAGGGAAACAAAAACUACACUGAUAAUUUGGUCAACUUUGAGAAAAUGCGCAUGAUUGCCAGGACAGUGAAGACAGUUCGAGAGUGCCGAAGUCAACCUUAUGUACCUUCAUCGCCACAAAAAGGUUUGACAGAGCGAAUGUUCUUGGAUGCCCAAGCUGUACGAAUAUCAACAUAUUCAGAUCAGUCUCUGACCCUCCGCAGUGCCAUCAAUGUCAGACAGUAUAUUCAGAAUCUUAAAGUGAUUGACAAUCAGAAGAGACUUACUCAGUUAUCCAGAACUAUAGAGCACUGAGAAACCAUCAGACUGCCUUUCCUCACUCCAUAUUGCUCCAUAUUGGAGAAAAUAUCUCAUCCAUUCAUUUUAAUGUGGCAGAUGAAAUCCAUGAUCACCCUAUGUGUGGUUAAUUGGUGUAAAAACUUUUGAGCAUUGGCUGGGAAGUAAAAAUUGUGACGUGACACUUUCCUUUGGUGCCUUGUCAUAAAUGUUCUGAUUUAACUGCUUGGCACCCUUUGGGCUGUAUCUGAAAUACACACUACACCACGGUCAAAUAAAUUCACCUUAUUGGCACUGCUGGCAUUCACUGUUAUUCAUCAAAUUUGUAAUAGUAUUCUGGCCUGAGCAAGCACUGGAGAACAACAGUGUACAGAUUAUUACUAGCUGCUGUAUAUACCAAGUCAAAUACGACAAUGCUAAACCAGUUAAAUACAAUGACAAUAGCACAAUCAGUUUUUUAGACAAUUAUAGAAAUAUAUAUCUUAUGCAUUUUUAUUGAAGUGUGUUUAUUUUUUUAUAAAUAAAUUAUUGAAAAUGUGUGGUGCA